CCUAUUAUGAUAAUGAAUAUGUUGGUUAAUAGUGAUAUAUUUGUUAAGUGAAUGUUCAAUUGCAAAAACAACAACUAAAACAUCACCAUAAGUAUUGUUGUGUGAGUUGAAGUUGGUGCAAUCUUCCAUGGUUGCUAUUUAGGGUAGAAUUUGAUGUAGCAGUAGCUGAUUAAAUGAUUGACGAUUUAUAGCCAAAAAUGGAAAAUUUGUGUGUAGAUAUUUAGGGUUUCGAUGAUUAGAGAUUCAGAAACCUAUUGCAUUUAUGCUUUAAUGAUAAAAAAUUGAAGUUUAGAUUGUGUAUAUAAUUCUAUUUUCAAUUAAUAAGACAUUUUUGUUUCAUUGGCCUCAUCUGUUAAGUUUGAAAUUCCAAUGUGAUUUUGCCAAUUUUCAGAUUUUGUGGUUACAUUCAAAUGUAUAAUUUUAGUAUUGGUGUCUUACUAUCCUUCUAAUCUAUAUCCGAAUAAAUAAAUAUUGACGCCAGUGAAAUGGCGCUUUCUGGAUUUUAUAUUAUCCAUAUAAGGAAGGAUGAAGAAUGGUAAUCAUUGUCGUAAAAAUGAAACGGAACUCUGCUAUAGAAAAUUUAUUUUUGACUAUGAGACUAAAAAAAUGUCAAUAUGAAAAGGAAUUGUGAAGAAACACUUCGGUUUCGUCAAUUCAGUCUUUGCUAAAACUAUUUUUUUAAUCUUUUCAGUACUGACUAUAUAAACUUAUUCAUGAUCAUAAAGCGAGCCUCAUUUCAGAACGGCCGCUUAGGGUUACCUUAUCUGCCCUUUUCUUCUGCUCCUUGGCCAAUUCAAUCAGGAAAUCUUUUCACUGUGAACUAUUAAACCUGUUAUUCAAUUUUAAAUCUGCAAGAAAGGAAUGAUGAGUUCUUCUUCCUCCAAAAAAAUGAAUGAGCAUGAGCAAGAGGCCCAGAGUGAAGUUCACCUGCCAAGGUGGCUUGAGGAUUUUUUGGGAAAAGAAUUCUUUGACACAUGUUCUUCUCAUUCGAUUCGAAGGAAUGAGUUAAAUAUAUACUGUAUAAACUGCAAUGUCUCUGCUUGUCAAUCUUGUGUAUCAAUUGGAUCUUCUCAUCAAGAUCACAUGAUGCUGAAAAUCUAUAGAAAUAUUUACAAGGAGGUUGUCUCCCUAACUGCUAUGGAAAAGUAUAUCGACUGCUCUCAAAUCCAGCCUUUUAAGUGCAACAAGCGUCUGGUUCUUUCUCUGAAACGUCUUCCACGUUGUGGAUCGACAUUGAAUGAUGAAGCAUCAUGCAACCCUUCUAAUCCAUACCAGUUCUGCUCCAUUUCUUGCAUGGUCAAAGCUAUUUCAAGACAGUCUGAUGAUUCAGUUCCUUCCGUCAUUUCCAUCCAGACUCUUCCUCAGGAAGCACCUCCUCAGGAAACACAGGGGGUCGAAGCUACUUCAAGAAAGUCUGAUGAUUCAGUUCCUUCCGUCAUUUCCAUCCAGGCUCUUCCUCAGAAAACACCUCCUCAGGAAACACAGGGGGCCGAAGCUACUUCAAGAAAGUCUGAUGAUUCAGUUCCUUCCGUCAUUUCCAUCCAGGCUCUUCCUCAGGAAACACAGAGGGUCGAAGCUACUUCAAGAAAGUCUGAUGAUUCAGUUCCUCCUAUCAGUUCCAUCCAGACUUCUCCUCAAGAAACACAGGUGGUUACUUCUGAACCAUCUAAGCGAAAAAGGAAACGAAAAGGAAUACCGCACAGAGCUCCCUUCUUCUAAAAGGCACCUAUCCUGCGAUAAUUUGAAUUAUCGAAUUGAAAUAAAUUUACUUUAUAAGGUUCAUAUAAUCAAGACAAUGACUCUUAGUCAUGGUGUUAUGAAGUUGAGAAAUAUUUUGGAUUUUGGUCUUCUGUGGCUUGUACUUUCUUAUUAUCAUGUGGUACUAUAUUAUGAUUUUUUUUGUAUGACAUUCAAUUUUUAUUACCCUUAGUUGAUUUUUCCGGGAGGGAA